GUUUAACGAGUCUAGCCUCUUUAAAAACACCUAUCACUUGAUCGCCACAUUUGUGUUCAUCGUGCUGUCACUGUCGCUCAGAUCCAGUCCAGACACUUCUCGGGUCACUCCUAAACCUCAAGAUGGACAGAUAAAAACAAAAGCAUCACUGAUUUUGUCAGACAGCAGAGGUUGUGAGCCGUUGAAAGACAUGCUUUGCUGCCGUCGCGUGAUCAUCGCCUCGCUCCAGCUGUGCUUGUUGUUGUCAUUCGCUGACAGCAGAAGUUUAAAGAAAUGUUCUCAGGGGAAAACGUGCUCGGAUCGACCGCCUGUGGUUCUCAUUCCAGGAGACCUUGGGAAUCAGCUGGAAGCUAAACUUGACAAGCCCAGUGUGGUGCACUACAUCUGCUACAAGAAGACCGAUUACUUUACAUUAUGGCUUAACUUGGAGCUGCUGGUACCGGUGGCCAUUGACUGCUGGAUUGAUAACAUGAGGUUGCUGUACAAUCGGACCACUCACCUCACCGAGUCUCCGCCAGGGGUGGAAGUUAGGGUACCUGGAUUUGGCAAAACAUUUAGUGUAGAAUUCCUGGAUCCAAGCAAACGAAGUGUGGGAAUGUACUUUUUCACCAUAGUACAGGCAUUGGUUGAUUGGGGGUAUACCAGGGACGAUGAUGUACGAGGAGCCCCCUACGACUGGCGUAAAGCCCCAAAUGAAAACAAGGAGUACUUCUUGGAACUGCAGCAUAUGAUUGAGGAAAUGGCUGAAAAGGCUGGAGGUCCCGUGGUCCUGAUCGCACACAGCAUGGGAAACAUGUAUACCCUGUAUUUCCUUAACCACCAACCGCAGGCGUGGAAGGAUCGGUACAUUAAGGCUUUUGUGUGUCUCGGACCCCCGUGGGCUGGAGUGGCCAAAACUCUUAGAGUUAUGGCAACAGGUGACAACGACCGCAUUCCUGUCAUCAGUCCAUUGAAGAUUCGGACCCAGCAGCGAACAGCGGUCUCCACCGCUUGGCUCUUCCCGUAUGCCCACUCCUGGCCCUCAGACAUGGCCCUGGUGACUACGCCUAACACCACGUACACCGUCAAAGACUAUCAACGCUUCUUUAAAGACAUUGACUAUGAAGAUGGCUGGGCCAUGAGGGAGGACACCGAACCCUUGGUCAACGCGUUGGAGCCUCCGGGGGUUCCCGUUCACUGCCUGUAUGGGACUGGCAUCCCUACAGCUCAGGCUUACAAUUACACAAAUUUUCCAGAUGGAGAGCCCACCGUCAUCAAUGGAGAAGGAGACGGGACGGUUAAUUUUUUGAGCGCGACAGUGUGCAAGCGUUGGAUAGGUCAGCAAAAGCAUCCUGUCAGUAUGAUUGAGCUGCCUGGGAAUGAGCAUGUUGCAAUGCUGUUAAAUGUGACCACAGUUUCUUACAUUAAAUCAGUGCUCCUCUCACCGUGAUAACAUUAAGCCCUUAACUUUGAACUGGUGAUUCUGGUUUGCCAAAGAGACGGGAUACGGUUCUGCUUUUAGGAUGGAUGUGAAUCAUUUUGGUUGAUGACUUCCCUUGUUGUGGAAUUCGGUUUUAUCAGGACAUCAGGAUAUAUUCGCUUUCUGUGGUUCAGUGCAAUCAUUGUUUUAUAGAAAUUAUUGUAUAGAUUUUAAAGCACAUGUUAAAAAAAAUGAAUUGCCAUUUGUUUAAGCAAAAUAGCUUUACCGUGCCAUUUAAUGUCACCUAAAUUUUUAAUCUUUGUAGUUUUUGUAAAAUUUACAGAUUUAAUCUAUUGCUUUUUUAAUAUCUUUCCAAAGGCCUUUAUAUUCAAAUUGUACUGACACUUCAGUAUUUUUGUGCAGUUGACUGUCUGACUAGUAUUGAUUUAUAAAUUUUUAUCAUUGCCGUUUUGAAUGUUCAACAUCGAUGGGCAUCUCAUUAUAUAUUGCUCAAUUUAACACAGCCUAACGUCUGUGACCACUAUUGUGCACUCGGUUUUAUUUUUAUUUCGUGACUUCUUAAAUAUGAUCAAUUAUGUGACAAGCGAUUUCUACUUUUUAAAGAGUAUUGUAAACUGUAACACUUUACAAUACGGUUGUAUUUGGUAACAAUAGUAAAUGCAUCAUAGUGUAUCAAACUAGCAAUUUUACAGAAUUUUUAUUAAUCUGUGGUACUUUUAAAUUUACUUUUCAGUGUUAAUUUGCAUUAAUGAUGCAUUAACUAAGGUUAAUUUGUACAUUACAAAAUCUGCAUUUGUUUUUGUAGAUUCAAAAAUGAACCUAUAGAUUAAUAAAUGCUGUAUUGUUCAAUGUU